AUCCAUCGAGGACGGUACGGCACUCCACAAGUAGCCAGAUAAACCCCACCAUCGAGUUAGUCUACCCCCCGACCCGCCGAACCAUUCCCUAGCAUCAUUUCCGUUGCUAUCCCACUUACCUAUAAGAAUCGUACCACGAACCACAGUCCAAAAGAAACGUGAUGGUCGAACGCAGCAAGAAGCCGGUUCCAAUUCCCGUGAGCUCUACUGGAGCAGAAAACCCGGGAUUCGUUCUCGAGAGCGACCGGGUCAAGUUAUCUCUACCCACUGGGGAAUCCGCCGAGAUCUUGCUACACGGUGCUACGGUGAUUUCCUGGGUAGUCGAUGGGCAGGAAAAGCUGUUUCUGAGCGAAAAGGCGGCCCUCGAUGGAUCGAAGCCUGUAAGAGGUGGAAUUCCGCUGGUUUUUCCGGUGUUCGGAAAAUCCACGGAAGGACCCACCGCCGCCCUCCCACAGCACGGAUUUGCGAGACUCUGCAAGUGGGAACUACUCGGCCGAACUAGUGAAGCCGAUACCGCAAUCCAGGUUGACUUUGGUCUCGGUCCGGAGAACCUUACCGAUGACCAGCGCAAUCAAUGGCCCUACGAAUUUGGCCUGAUUUACUCCGUGAACCUAAGCAUGAGCAGUCUCGAGACAAAAAUGCUCGUCAGAAAUGAAGGAUCAGAAACGUUUGACUUUAACGUUUUGUUCCAUACAUAUUUUCGUAUUCCCGACAUAAACAAUCUCACAAUCGAAGGUCUCAAAGGCACUAGCUACAAAUGCAAAGUUACAAAAUCUGAAGCCGUCGAGGAAGAGGUUGAGCUCCCCGUCCGCUCUGAAGUGGAUCGUGUAUAUGCCGGCGUCCCAAACGCGGUCCAAGUGAAGAAUGGAGGUGAAACAAUCUUCAAAGUCGGCGGAACCAAUCUGGAAGAUAUAGUUGUCUGGAACCCCUGGGAGGGCGCGAGCAAGAUGGCGGACUUUGGGCCCGAAGAUGGGUACAAGAACAUGAUCUGCGUUGAGGCGGGAGCUGUGUCGAAAUGGCAUUCCCUCGAACCGCAGAGCGUCUGGGAGGGGAGCGCUGUUGUCAAUAUUUGACUAGUGAUAGAGCCCGAUGGUGGGUCAAGGGGAUAGGAUAAGGGGAAUUCAAGAUCAAGACCGUGAGGCAGGUGUUUAGUGGCCUA